AUGUCGCUGCAACAAGAGGCUGAAACUCCGAGGCAAAAGAUCAAUGAUCUCUUCGCAGCGGGGGGUAACCUGGCGGUUUUAACUCUCAGAGGCGUGAAUGCCACGGCUGAUUGGUGUCCACCCCUAAAGAAUGCGACUAGUGCUGCGCUUUUCAUCUUCGACGAAGUUAAAAAGUUCAAGGAGAACGCAAAGGAAUGGACUGAUUUCGGUGAAUACGUAGCGAGCGCCAUGGCCAAGGUAUCUUCAGCCAUAAAGUCCGAUGAUGUGUCAGCGGAAGAGGCAAAGCCAUGGGUGGAAAGCGCCACAGAGCUUGAUGGCGCGCUACAGAAGAUUACGUCCGAAAUUGAAAGACGGGAAAACGUAGAAAAACGAUCGGCUAUCAGAAAAACAUUCUCCUACUUGAGAGACCCGGGAAGAAUUGACGGCCUAAAGAAAGAUUUUGACAAAGCAUUGGCAUCGUUUCAGCUUAGCACGAACUUAAUAACUGGCUCCAAAUUAGCGGCCAUAGAACGCCGUCUACACGAUGACAAGAUUCUCGAUAAUCUCCGAUACUUUCAUCUUGCCCAUGAUGAUUCCACUCAGGUGUGCCUGAAAGACACUAGGGUUGAUCUCAUUGAGCGUAUCAUGGCAUGGUGCCGCAACACUGGGGAUAGUGAGAACCGGCUAAUGCUGUUGACUGCCGUGGCUGGCGCUGGCAAGACUUCGAUUGCACUCACAAUAGCAGAACGAUGUGCCAGCGAAGGGGAUGUUACCCUGUUACUGCAGUUCUUCUUUAAAGCGGGCGAACGGUCGCGGCCUGAUUUUCUAUUCAGCGGCAUGGCUCGAGCUUUGGCAGACCAUGACCCCGCUUACCGCACUUUCAUUACCUCUGCUCUUCGAAACGACCCUAGUCUUGCAACAGCUUCAUUCAUGACGCAGUUCAAGAAAUUGGUCGCCCCGUCUCUCCUCCAUAAACCUCCACCUUCCAAUCGUCCUAUGGUGAUCAUCAUUGAUGCUUUAGAUGAAUGUGACAAAGAGGCGUUCGAGUCUCUUGCCGAAAUUCUUGGGGAGGAAGUGCCCAGGCUACCAUCUUCAAUAAAAUUCUUCAUCACAUCGAGACAAUUCGAUCUCGUGAAUCGCUACCUUUCCCCCAAUUACCCUAUUGAUCGCCUCACUAUUGAUCUCUCGGAUGAAGCAAAUGCGCAGGAUUGUGCUAGAUUCAUACGCUUCCAGCUGCGAAAGCUAAAGAUGUUACAUCGGGAUUUACAGCAUAAUCUUCAGGAUGAGGAUAAAAUGGUACAGGAGAUCUCGGAACGAGCAAAUGGGUUGUUUAUCUGGAUCAGCACCAUCUUUCGCUACAUGAAGACGACCAACCAGAAUCCUAUGAGGACACUAAAAACUCUGCUCGACACUGGUGCCAAACGACGAGAGGUCCCUGCUGAGAAGAUGAUGGAAAACUUGUAUACAAGCAUUUUGAAGAAGUGUGCUUGGGCGGAUGAAGAUUUUGCGCACGAUUACCCAAUUGUGAUGGGAGCAAUCUUCGUUGCUCAGCAGCCUCUGUCCAUCACAGCCUGGGACUCAAUUUUGUUGCCUUUCCUCAAGUCUUCUGUUCGAUAUGCAUUGGCCGAACUCGCUCCUCUGCUCUCAGGAGUUGAGGAUUCCCUGAUUCCGGUUCGCAUCUUACACCAAUCUUUCCGCGAUUUUAUUGUCGAUCGGAUCAAUCCCCAAACAGUCAGCUCUCGUUGCGCUCCCAUAGCUGUUGGGGCAGAUAAUGCCAGGGUUGCCCUGCGAUGCACUGAGAUUUUGAACGAGGGUCUCUGCUCUGUAGAGGGCUUAGGCCUGAUUGAAAACUUGUACGAAAAAGAUGAAAUGCCGCAUAUUCCUCAAAAGGAGCUAUCUGAGCACUUUCGUUAUGCAUGUCGACACAUUGUCCAUCACCUCAGUGGAGUCGAGGAACCCUCUGAGGAGCUUGUUGGGCUGGUUAGUAUGUUUCUGGGUCAGCAAGCAACUCGGUGGGUGGAAGUCUGUGUGAGAAUGGAAAGCUACAUCAGGAUCUCGUUACUCCCUGAGUGGGCUAAGUUGGCUGUUGUCCACAGGUCGAAAGAUGCUGUCAGCACACUGGCUAAUGUGCUUACCCGGCUUCACCUCAAUUUGGGAUUUUUUUCCAGAUUCCAGGAGGCAUAUGAGGCAGCAAAUGAUUCUGUUGCACUCUGCCGUUACCUUUUUUCUGUGGACUCGAGUUCCUACACCCCGAAUUUGGCAAUGUCACUCAACAAUCUAUAUAAUGCUCUUUCCAAUCUUGGACGGCACUCGGAGGCACUUCCAUUCAUCGAAGAAAGCGUCAUACUCGACCGCCAGUUAGUUGCCAUUAACCCAGGGUCAUACACACCGGAUUUGGCCAUGUCACUUCACAAUCUACGUAAUGCACUUUCCAAUCUUGGACGGCACUUGGAGGCGCUCCCAUUCAUUGAAGAAAGCGUCAAACUUCGGCGUGAGCUAGUUGUCAUUAACCCAGGAUCAUACACCCCGGAUUUGGCAAUGUCACUCAACAAUCUAUAUAAUGCUCUUUCGGAUCUUGGACGACACUCGGAGGCGCUCCCAUUCAUCGAAGAAAGCGUCAAACUCUACCGCCAGUUAGUUGCCAUUAACCCAGGAUCAUACACCCCGGAUUUGGCCAUGUCACUCAACAAUCUACGUAAUGCUCUUUCAUAUCUCGGACGACACUCAGAGGCGCUCCCAUUCAUCGAAGAAAGCGUCAAACUCUACCGCCAGUUAGUUGCCAUUAACCCAGGAUCAUACACCCCGGAUUUGGCCAUGUCACUCAACAAUCUAUAUAAUGCUCUUUCGGAUCUUGGACGACACUCGGAGGCGCUCCCAUUCAUUGAAGAAAGCGUCAAACUCUACCGCCAGUUAGUUGCCAUUAACCCAGGAUCAUACACCCCAUAUUUGGCUGUGUCACUCAACAAUCUAUAUAAUGCUCUUUCGGAUCUCGGACGACACUCGGAGGCGCUCCCAUUCAUCGAAGAAAGCGUCAUACUCCGCCGCCAGCUAGUUGCCAUUAACCCAGGAUCAUACACCCCGGAUUUGGCCAUGUCAUUCAACAAUCUAUAUAAUGCUCUUUCGGAUCUUGGACGACACUCGGAGGCACUCCCAAUCAUCGAAGAAAGCGUCAAACUCUACCGCCAGUUAGUUGCCGUUAACCCAGGAUCAUACACCCCGAAUUUGGCCAUAUCACUCAACAAUCUAUAUAAUGCUCUUUCAAAUCUCGGACGACACUCGGAGGCGCUCCCAUUCAUCGAAGAAAGCGUCAUACUCUGUUGA